AUGGAUCUCUCUAUGAAAAAUUGGUUUUGCGAAGUGAAUGACUUGUGGCCGGGACAGUGCAUGUCGCUAAAAGUGAAAAAGAUGCUAUGGGAGGAAAAGUCCAAAUUCCAACAUAUCCAAAUCUUCGAAUCGGAGUCCUAUGGACGCGUUCUGACGCUCGAUGGUAUCAUUCAGUGCACAGAAAGGGAUGAAUUUGCCUACCAGGAGAUGAUCUCCUUCCUGCCACUUUGUUGCCAUCCGGAACCGCGGAAAGUGCUAAUUGUUGGUGGGGGUGAUGGUGGAGUUGCCAGGGAGGUGGUGAAACAUCCCCUUGUGCAGGAAGUCUAUCAAGUUGAGAUUGAUGAUCGUGUGGUUGAGCUUUCAAAGCAAUUCCUCCCUUUCAUGGCUUGUGGCUUCCAGUCGCCCAAGCUGAAUCUCACCAUUGGUGAUGGCUUUGACUUCAUGAAGAACCACGUGGGCGAAUUUGACGUAAUCAUCACGGACAGCAGUGAUCCCGUUGGCCCAGCUGUCUGCCUCUUCCAGGAAUCCUACUUCAAUCUCAUGAAGCGAGCCCUGAGGCCCGGGGGAAUUGUCUGUUCCCAGGGUGGAACCUACUGGACUGAGAUGAAGCAGGUGCAGGACACCCUUGCUCACUGUCGCAGUCAAUUUCCCGUUGCCGGAUAUGCCAUUUCGACUGUGCCAACGUAUCCAUGUGGACAGAUUGGCUACGUCAUCGGCUCCCUCAAUGAGUCGACAAAUCUACGAGAGCCGGCUGUGACGUUCACGGACGAGGAGCUGGAAAAGAUGCAGAUGCGCUACUACACCUCUGACGUCCACCGGGCAGCCUUCACUCUGCCCAGGUAUGCUGCUAAGGCCCUCAACUGA